CUCCCGGACAUCAUGCAUUGGUCCUUGCACCCCCGGAGUUUAAUUCUCUACAUCUACACUCUUUUAUUCCUCUCUUCAACAUGCCUAGCCUUUGUUCCCCCCACAGACAACUGCUGCAUCUCAGAGAAAAGAUUUGGUCGUUACUGCCCGACUACAUGUGGCAUUGCAGAUUUCUUGCUUAAUUACCAAACCGAAGUAGACCAGGAUCUACAGUCUGUGGAAGAAACCUUACGUAAAAUCAAAAACAACACAUCAGAAGCCAAAGAACUGAUCAAAAAAAUCCAAAGCGUCUAUAAUCCUGAUGGCCUACCGAAGUCAGAUAAGAUACAAGCUGCUAUUAAGGAAUCUCAGAAAAUGAUGGAAGAUAUUAUAAAAUUUGAAUCAUUGAUUAUAUCACAUGAAUCAAGUAUUCGAUUUUUGAAGGACAUAUAUAAUUCAAAUAGUCAGAAGAUCGCUACCUUAAAACAGAAAGUAGUCCAGCUUGAAGCAAAGUGUCAAGAGCCUUGCAAAGACACAGUCAAAAUACACGAUAUAACAGGGAGAGAUUGUCAAGAUAUUGCCAAUAAGGGAGGCAAAGAGAGUGGGCUUUACUUUAUCAAACCUCUGACAACUCAGCAGCAGUUCCUAGUCUACUGUGAAAUGGAAAGAAAUGGAAAUGGAUGGACUGUGCUUCAGAAGAGGCUUGAUGGCAGUGAGGAUUUCAAGAAAAACUGGAUCCAAUACAAACAAGGGUUUGGACAUCUGUCUCCUACGGGCACCACAGAAUUUUGGCUGGGGAAUGAGAAGAUGCAUUUGAUAACCACACAGUCGACCAUCCCAUAUGUAUUAAGAGUGGAGUUAGAGGACUGGACUGGCAGAAUCGCCACUGCAGACUAUGCCAUGUUCAGUGUGGGGAAUGAAGCUGACAAAUACCGCCUGAAGUAUGCCUACUUCAUGAGUGGAGAUGCUGGAGACGCCUUUGAUGGCUUUGAUUUUGGCGAUGAUCCUAGUGACAAGUUUUUCACAUCCCACAAUGGCAUGCAGUUCAGUACCUGGGACAAUGACAAUGAUAAGUUUGAUGGUAACUGUGCUGCACAGGAUGGAUCUGGCUGGUGGAUGAACAAGUGUCAUGCUGGCCACCUCAAUGGAGUUUAUUACCAAGGUGGCACUUACUCAAAGACAUCUACGCCGAAUGGCUAUGAUAAUGGCAUUAUUUGGGCCACUUGGAAAUCUCGUUGGUAUUCCAUGAAGAAAACCACCAUGAAGAUAAUUCCAUUCAACAGAAUCAACAUAGAGGAAGGGCAGCAGCACAACAUUGGGGGAUCCAAACAGGUCAGACCAGAGCACCAUGUUGAAAUAGAAGCUGAAUAAAUCAUUUUACUUUGAGAAUGAAUUUUUCAUUUCUAUUAACCCACAAUGUUUCAGAAACUUUUCUGAAAGUUCCUUCUCAAAAUUUACCAAUUUUGUCUGAUAUUAAGGAUACUUAGCCUUAAUGGAAAUUAUAACUUAGUUUGGAUUGUAUU